AUGAUAACUUCCAUGAACAUCGCCUUACUAGUAGCCCUGUUCCUGCUAAACUCCGAUCGCAUUCAGAAAGCCAUUGAGAUAUGCAACGAAUGUUUAAUUUUGCUAAAUAACAGCGAUCAAAACAGCAAAGAUCAAUUUGAUUCAGUGCCACUACAAUUUGACAGCGACAUCUAUACAGUUCUUUACAGCGCAUAUCGUCAUAUCUCUGACGACGUAAAUGCGGCAAGAUACGGCAGGAAACUGCAUGUCUUCUACAGCAAGUAUGGAAUUCUGUUUUAUAAACUUGGCGAAAACCUAAAAGCGAAGGAAUAUAUUGCAAGGGCCCUUAUCAUAUCGACCGAAAUUGGCAACAAAAGCGGAGAAGCAUCCUAUUACGUAAACCUUGGUGCCGUGUUUAAGUCGCUCGCAGAAUACGACAAGGCUAAAGAGUAUCUCUACAAAGCGCUUGUCAUCACAACUGAAAUUGGCGACAGAAAUGAAGAAGGAACAUGUUAUAGAAACCUAAGUACUGUGUUUCAGUCGCUCGGAGAAUACGACAAGGCUAAAGAGUAUCUCCACAAAGCGCUUGUCAUCACAACUGAAAUUGGCGACAGAAAUGGAGAAGGAGCAUGUAAUGGAAACCUUAGUACUGUGUUUCAGUCGCUCGGAGAAUACGACAAGGCUAAAGAGUUUCUCCGCAAAGCGCUUCUCAUCACAACUGAAAUUGGCGAGAGAAAUGGAGAAGGAGCAUGUUAUGGAAACCUAGGUAAUGUGUUUCUGUCGCUCGGAGAAUACGGCAAGGCUAAAGAGUAUCUCCACAAAGCGCUUGUCAUCAAAACUAAAAUUGGCGACAGAAAUGGAGAAGGAACAUGUUAUGGAAACCUAAGUACUGUAUUUCAGUCGCUCGGAGGAUACGACAAGGCUAAAGAGUAUCUCUACAAAGCGCUUGUCAUCACAACUGAAAUUGGCGACAGAAAUGGAGAAGGAGCAUGUUAUGCAAACCUAAGUAUUGUGUUUCAGUCGCUCGGAGAAUACGACAAAGCUAAAGAGUAUAUCCACAAAGCGCUUGUCAUCACAACUGAAAUUGGCGACAGAAAAGGAGAAGGAGAAUGUUAUGCAAAGCUAGCUACUGUCUUUCAGUCGCUCAGGCAAUACGGCAAGGCUAAAGGUUAUCUCGAAAAGGCGCUUGUCAUCACAACUGAAAUUGGCGACAAAAAUGGAGAAGGAGCAUGUUAUGGAAACCUAAGUAAUGUGUUUCAGUUGCUCGGAGAAUACGACAAGGCUAAAGAGUAUCUCUACAAAGCGCUUGUCAUCACAACUGAAAUUGGCGACAGAAAAGGAGAAGGAGCAUGUUAUGCAACCCUAAGUACUGUGUUUCAGUCGCUCGGAGAAUACGACAAGGCUAAAGAGUAUCUCCACAAAGCGCUUGUCAUCGGAAUUGAUAUUGGUGAUAAGAAAGGAGAAGGGGAAUGUUAUCACAUCUUGCAAACCUUGGACAUCUCUCUGCAAUUGUUGGAAAUUAUGAAACCAUGGACAUUUCAAUUGUUGAAGUAUGCUUGAUGCUUGAAGAAAGCUUUAUCCAUAUCCAGAGAUAUUGGAGAUAGAAGACAAGAGUUCCGAAUCCUUCAAUAUUACGCCCUUAUGUAUUCAUUUCAAAAUAAAAUCAAAGACUCCCUAGCAUGUCUUCAUUUGUGCAUUGAAAAGUACGAGGAGCUGAGAUAUUUCUUGGGGGCCAAUGAUGAGUUCAAAACAUCAUUUCUGGAGCACUCAGGAAUAUUUCCCUACAAGCAGCUUAGUACUCUGCUUUGUCAUACCGGAAAUGCCCUUGAAGCUUUCUAUGUUGAGGAGUUGGGUCAAGCAAGAGGUCUAUCAGACUUGAUGGCAGAGAAGUACUCGGUUGAAACGCAGAUCUCUGCUAAUCCACAAUCUUGGUUUGGCAUUGAAAACAGUUUUAGAAAGAAAAAUAACUGUGCUUGUCUGUACAUUUCUUAUUUUAACAAUCAUCUGCAUUUGUGGAUCUUGAAAACAAGUGGAGUCCUUCACUAUAAAAGAUUACUAGAAGAGAAUCUAGUUCAGGCUGGGUUGCCCAAAGAUUUGCCUCUGAGUGAGUUUUUGGCUGAUAGUUUCCGGAGUCUUGGUAUUUUGCCCACUGAAGAUUGUGAAGAUCGGUCUUUAAAUAUGGUUGAAUUGGAACCUCUCUCCCCCGAACAAAAGAGCCUAGCAAGAAUGCGACUCGUGGAGGAGGACGAGGACAAGGAGGUCAUUUCAAGUCUAUCUUUGUGUUACAAAGAGUUUAUUGCUCCUGUUUAUGAUUUGCUUGAGGAACCUGAAGUCAUUAUUGUUCCUGACCGCAGUUUGUACAAAGUUCCCUUUGCUGCCCUGAGUGAAAAGAGGGAGCCCAAUACCUAUCGGUGA